AGCAUUUCAGUUGCGCACAAGAGAGGAAACAGGCAUGUCAGCUCUUUGUCCACCACCAUCUCCUGCAGUUGCUAAAACAGAGAUCUCUCUGAGUGGCGAGUCACCAUUAUUAGCUGCCACUUUUGCUUACUGGGACAAUAUUCUUGGCCCCCGAGUGCGGCAUAUCUGGGCUCCAAAGACAGAACAGGUACUUCUCAGUGACAGUGAAAUAACCUUUCUUGCUAACCACACCCUGAACGGAGAAAUACUUCGGAAUGCAGAAAGCGGUGCAAUAGAUGUGAAGUUCUUUGUCUUGGCAGAAAAAAGGGUAAUCAUUGUGUCAUUAAUCUUCGAUGGAAACUGGAAUGGAGACAGAAGUACAUAUGGACUAUCAAUUAUACUGCCACAAAGUGAACUUGCAUUCUACCUGCCACUUCACAGAGUAUGUGUGGAUAGAUUAACACAUAUUAUAAGAAAAGGAAGGAUAUGGAUGCAUAAGGAGAGGCAAGAACAUUUCCAGAAGAUUGUCUUGGAAGGCACAGAAAGAAUGGAGGAUCAGGGCCAGAGCAUCAUUCCAAUGCUGACAGGAGAAGUCAUUCCUGUAAUGGAACUCCUUUCAUCUAUGAAAUCUCACAGUGUUCCAGAAGAAAUAGAUAUAAGUGACACAGUGCUAAAUGAUGAUGACAUUGGGGAUAGUUGUCAUGAAGGCUUUCUCCUCAAUGCAAUUAGUUCACACCUGCAGACCUGUGGUUGUUCUGUAGUCGUAGGAAGCAGUGCAGAAAAAGUUAAUAAGAUUGUGAGAACAUUGUGUCUGUUUCUUACACCAUCUGAGCGGAAGUGUUCCAGACUCUGUAGAAAUGAGUCUUCUUUCAAGUACGAGUCAGGACUUUUUGUUCAAGGCUUACUCAAAGAUGCAACAGGGAGCUUUGUGUUGCCCUUCCGUCAAGUAAUGUAUGCCCCAUAUCCUACUACACAUAUAGAUGUAGAUGUCAAUACAGUGAAGCAGAUGCCCCCUUGUCAUGAACACAUCUAUAACCAACGACGAUACAUGAGAUCUGAGCUGACGGCAUUUUGGAGAGCUAAUUCAGAUGAAGAAAUGUCUCAAGAUCAUAUUAUCCACACAGAUGAGAGUUUCACACCUGAUUUAAAUGUGUUUCAAGAUAUCCUGCAUCGGGAUACUCUAGUAAAAGCUUUCCUGGAUCAGAUCUUUCACCUGAAGCCUGGCUUGUCUCUAAGGAGUACUUUCCUUGCACAAUUUCUGCUAGUCCUUCACAGAAAAGCCUUAACUUUAAUAAAAUACAUAGAGGAUGACACGCAAAAAGGAAAAAAACCUUUGAAGUCUCUUCGUAGCUUAAAGGUAGAUCUUGACUUAACAGCAGAGGGCGAUCUUAACAUAAUAAUGGCUUUGGCUGAGAAAAUUAAACCAGGUCUGCAUUCCUUUAUCUUCGGGAGGCCGUUCUACACUAGUGUACAAGAGCGUGAUAUGCUCAUGACAUUUUAA